AUGCAUUUAAGAGUGCUAAAAGUUGAAACAGUAAGCGGACGCGUAGCUCAUAUCCAUUUAAGAGUGCCAAACAAUCGGGCCGAAGAAUAUCGCCAUGUGAAACUGAAACGCUUAGCUCUGUUUCCCAUUUCACCCAUCCAGCCAAAUCUUUUCCUGGAAACAAACGGAGCUUUGCGUGUAUUUAUCACCACCCAUCAAAAGCAACAAGCCCAAAAUCAAACAGCUCGAGCUUCUUCUAAAAGCUUCCCAUUGCCGAGAAAGGGAAUGAGGAGGAUAUGCUUUCACUCCAGAACGCCGUCGUUUUCCGUCUCUCGCCACUCCUCACCUGCAGGACCCUCCGUCUCAACCCCUUGGCCCAUCUUCCCGGACUUCAUGAUCGACCAGAGUAUCGAGGCCGCCGCGGCCUUGGUCACGAAAUGGGACCCGGAGAGCUCCACGUACGCCAAAGUCACGUCCCUCUUCUACGAGAGCAAACAAGAGGCCAUGGAGUUCAUCAAUUGCGUGAACGCCCUCCAGAAGGCCAUGCACUCCUUGGUCUCAGAGAACUCCACGUCCGAGAAGCUCGUCCGCGCCCAGAACCUCAUGCAGAUCGCCAUGAAGAGGCUCCAGAAGGAGUUCUACCAAAUCCUCUCCAUGAACCGGGCCCACCUGGACCCCGAGUCCGUCGCUGCCAGAUCCUCACGCGCCUCCACGAGAUCAUGCACGUCCGAUUAUGAGGACGACGAAGAUGUGCGGACCGCCGGUGAUGCCAUCGACGAGGUCGAGGAGGCAUCUUCCAUUGCCAUGGCGGACUUGAGGUCCAUAGCCGAAUGCAUGAUCUCCUCCGGCUACGCCAAAGAGUGCUCGAGUACAUACAACAUCAACAGAAAAUCUAUAGUCGACGAAGGCAUUUACCGACUAGGCGUGGAGAAACUGAGUUCCUCUCAUAUUAACAAGAUGGACUGGGAAGUUCUGGACCUGAAGAUCUGGAGCUGGCUGAGCGCAGUGAAGAUCUCCUUGAAAACGCUCUUACAUGGGGAGAGAAUUCUCUGCGACCACGUCUUCGCUGCCUCCGACUCUAUCAGAGAGUCUUGCUUUGCCGAGAUCUCCAAAGAAGGCGCUACUCUUCUGUUCGGAUUCCCCGAAGUCGUUGCCAAAAGCAAAUCUCCGAAAUCUCCCGAGAAAAUCUUCCGCGUGCUCGACAUGUACACCGCCAUUUCCGAGAACUGGCCCGAGAUCGAGUCCAUCUUCGCGCUCGAAUCCACCGCCACAGUCCGAUCCCAAGCCCUCACAUCGCUGAUCGGGAUCACCGAGUCAGUGCGCGCAAUGGUAUCGGACUUCGAGUCAACGAUCCAGAAGAACUCGUACUCCAAGUCGCUCGUCCUCGGCGGCGGGGUCCACCCACUGACGCUUGACGCGAUGAACUACCUCUCGAUGCUCGCCGAUUACAGCAACGUCCUCGAAGAUAUUUUCGCCGAGUGCCCUCCGCCGCAGAGAUCGUCGCUGCCAGAAUCUUACUUCGAUAUUCCACAGUCCGAUGACUCUCAGGCACCGGCGAUUUCCAUGCGCAUGGCUUGGCUAAUCCUCGUGCUUCUGUGUAAGCUUGACCGCAACGCCAAGCAUUACAAAGACGUAUCGCUCUCAUACAUAUUCCUAACCAACAAUCUUCAACACGUGGUCUCCAAGGUCCGUAAGUCGAACCUUCAGUACCUUCUUGGAGAGGAAUGGAUCACGAGGCACGAAGCGAAAGCGAGACAGUUCGCCACGAAUUACGAGAGGUUGGCGUGGGGCAAGGUGGUGGCGUCACUGCCGCAGAAUCCAUCUGCCGUGAUUUCGCCUGCGGAAGCGAAGGAGAUAUUCAGAAAAUUCAAUUUGAGCUUCGCGGAAGCGUGUCGGAAGCAGAGUUCAGUCAUCGUAUCGGACCCGAAACUCCGAGACGAAAUCAAGGUGUCCAUAGCGAGAAAGGUUGUGACGGUUUACAGGGAAUUUUACGAGAAGCAUAGGCUUACCGUUGGAGGAGAGAGGAACGUGGGGUUAUAUGUCAGAUUUGCCCCUGAAGAUGUGGGGAAUCACCUAUCGGAUUUGUUCUUUGGGACGACGGACUCGGUAAGUAGCCCUUCCUCUUCGUCCUCCUCGACUCAUCGGCGGCGUUUGCGGGUCAGAGCGUAGAAAUUUACAUGGCGAUUUUUUUGUUUUUCCGCCAUUUUUCUCCCGAUGAUUUGGAGAUGUAUAUGUCAUUAAUUAGGGAAGUCUCCGUCGUAUAGGUAGAGGCUCACAUCGCGGUUCCACCGCAUGAACUCCACGUGGACUCACUCU